AUGUCGGACGUGGUUGACGAACAAUUUGCACUCCUCCAGCGCAAGCACCAGGCAGAGACGACCCUGGCCACAAAUGCGACCGGGAAGAGCAAAUGCAAGUCAUGCGUCUGCGGUUACGAGGACGAUGUGGCCAAGUGCGGGAAAGAGCUGGUCACCAGCGCAAAGAAGUGCGGGGAGAAGGUCGUGAGUUGCACCUGGGAGGUGAUCAAGGAUGUUGCCAAGUGUGCAACUGGAAAGUGCAAGGUGAAGAAGUGCAAGAAGAAGGCUCUCCAGUGCGAAGCACCAAAGAGUUGCUUCAAGGCGAUCCCCUUCAUGGACUGCUUGGACAACCUUGCAAAGGACAAGGGCGGCGACGUAAACGCAGCCAUCAAUGUCCUGAAGAGCACGGGGGAGACCGGGUACAAGGGGAUGAAGAGCGUGGUGCUGAAGGGGAUCCCGAGUGUUAGCAAACAGCUGGGCAUGGGCUUAGCCGACCUCAUGCCGAAGGAAGUGGGGAAGAUGUUCACAAAGCAGGGUUGGGAGAACCUUCUGGACAGCUUUUUGGGGGCAGCCCAGGACAUGGCGUACACAGCCUAUGACGGCCUCAUCACCGUCGGAGAUGUGUUGGACAGCUUCCUUGACAAAGUUGCGAACGGCCCCAUCACCCUGCCUCGAAACGCCGGGGACGGGGGCUGGUGCGUGUUCAAGUGGGACUUCACCAUGUUCUGGUUCACGGACUGUGGCUACUUCGGCGCCGUGGACACACUCUGGGGGCACGUGGCGCAAGCUUACAACCCCAAAAUGUGGGACAAGUUUGACGACGACUACAAGAAGAUGGGGAAAGCACUGGCAGAAUGCGCCACCCUCACCACCAAGAUCGACAUCGACAAGGGGCAAUCCAUCAAGAUUGCCACUCCCUUUAUGAGCCUUCAGAAGAUGGACUUUUGCUUGCCUAAGACAGUGGUCUCCGGAGUGGAGGUCAUCGCAAACGCCUUAGUCCUGGCCUACAAAGCCGCAGGCAAGGCCCUAGAUCCAAUUCAGAAGGCGCUCGAUGAUCUCGCUGCUUACGUGAAGAGGCUCAUCUCCGACAAUGCCCUCCUCUUCCAGGAGACCUUCAGCCUCCUCCAGACCGACUCCAAAGAAGGAGGCCUCCAGGGACUGCGCAGGAGCUUCAUGUGCAGCAAGAAGAAAAACAUGGACAACUACGCAUUCAUGGCUCGACUUCAAUUCUCGGUGGGCGUCAAGUGGAAGCACUUCAAGUUUGCGGGCCUGAACUCUGCGCAGGCCAUCGGCAUAGGUCUCUACUUCGGGUGCCUCAAAAGGCAGUUCAAGGUCAUGGCCUUCAUGAACGUCCGUAUCCUGUCCGUGGGCGUUUCGUUGCCUCCAGGUGGCAUCGAUACAGUUGGAGACCCGAAAUGGGCCGGAGACUUCCAGCUGAAAUACUACCCGAAGGCAUACCCCUCUUACACCAACAACAUGAAGUUCGAGGGGGUCUUCCAGGUGACGGCCGGAUUGAAGGUUGCAAACUUCAAUGGAAAUGGCCGCACUUCCGUCUCCUACUGGUCUCCGGAGGUGUCAGGUAAGGCAAAGGAUGCGAGCAACUACAAGUUGGAAAAAUUGGAACAACCAUCGGGCUAUGGCUUCACCAUUGCUGUCAGCCCGCCGAAGAAGCCAGGGUCUGGGUCGGGGGACUCAGGGUCUACGGACCUCGUCCAGGCUGGGGCAUCCGGGGCGGGGCCGGAUUUGGCAACAAGCCUUCGUGAGCAGCUUCAUGCAGAGGGAAUCACCGAGCAUGAUCUUGUGACUGGACUCCACCAGCUUUCCACUGCAGAGAACAUGUCAGGGGUUGUGCCCACUGGGAGCUUCGACGCGCGCUUGCAGCUGUACAUAUGUUUUGACUCUCCGGCUCGCUGCAACAAGGAUGGAGUGUGA